AUUUUUGCGAUGAUAUCGCUUUCUACAGCAUUCAGAUCAAGGUUAGGCAAACGUCUGUCAAGUUGUGUGAAAAGAUGUUGAGUUUCUUGGACUAAUUUAUUAGUUUGAUGAUAAAGAGCUUCCAUUAUUCUAAUUAAUUAUUGAUAAAUUUAUCAGAAAAUAUAUUAAUAUGUUAUAACAAAUAUAUUAAUUAUGACGUGUAAUAUCACAACUGUCAGAGAAAACGUGUAUUGAAUUGAACGCCCUCUACGUCGGCAUGUUGAAAAGGUUAUGUUCAGUAUUAAAAAUCAACAAUAAAAUCAAAAUCAACAUAAAACAAUUAUUUUUAAUGUUUAAAUUAAGUGAAAUAAACCUACGCAAUUGUAUGUUCUAUUUAAAUUAUUAUCAUCUAUAGGAAAUGUAUUGAAAAUGGUGUGGCAGAUAAGAUUUUCUGAAUUUACGAAAAAUUCACAAUAAAAAGUGCAGAAGAGCCGUGAAUACAUAUUUUCAACUAAUUGUUAAUAAAAUUAUUAUUUCACGAACUAAACAGACGUUGAAAUGGAUAUAGGAGAAUUAUUGUCUUAUAAACCACCGAAUACUCCAAAACGUCCAGUGCCCGGGGAAGAAGAUGAUGACGAGGAUGAUUGGGAUAGUGGAAGAAAGAAAAAAGUCAUAAAAACGCCCUAUCAUCCACGUCAAAAGCAUAUACCUGUAGAAUCUACACCAGUCAGAAGUUAUGAUGAACCACCUACUCCAACAAGAAAAACAAAUAUGCCUUCUUCGGCAAAUGAUGUUAUGGAGCCAGAAUUAACGGAAAAAGAGAAAGCCGAUAUUUUAAAAUAUGUUGAGACUGAAGCACCAGAAGUUGAAGCUCUGGAUGAAGCUACUCUUAAGCGCAUGAUUCUACUGUUUGAAAAAAGAGCACUUAGAAAUCAAGAAAUGCGUGUUAAAUUUCCCGAUCAACCAGAAAAAUUUAUGGAAUCUGAAGUAGAAUUACACGAGACCUUACAAGAACUCCAUGUAGUUGCAACGAAUCCAGAAUUAUAUCCAGUAAUGGUUGAAUUAGGUGCAAUACCAUCUUUACUUGAAUUGCUAUCACAUGAGAAUACAGAUAUCGCAGUGGGAGUUGUUGAUCUUUUACAAGAGCUGACAGACGUUGAUAUUUUGCAUGAAAGUCAAGAAGGAGCUGAUGUUUUAAUAGAUGCUCUUUUGGAACAACAAGUAUGUGCUCUAUUGGUUCAAAAUCUUGACAGACUUGAUGAGACAGUUAAAGAGGAAAGUGAUGGUGUUCAUAAUACUUUAGCUAUUUUUGAAAAUCUCUUAGAAUUCAGACCAGAGUUGUGUGUUGAUGCUGGUAAACAAGGCUUGAUGCAAUGGUUAUUACGUCGUCUAAAAGCAAAAAUUCCAUUUGAUGCAAAUAAAUUAUAUACAAGUGAAUUAUUAUCUAUUCUUUUACAACAAAGUUCGGAAAACAAGCUCCUCCUUGGAGAUUUGGAUGGUAUUGAUGUUCUUUUACAACAAUUAGCAUAUUAUAAACGCCACGAUCCUCACACUGCUGAAGAACAAGAAAUGAUGGAAAAUUUAUUUGAUGUUUUAUGCUCAAGUUUAAUGGAAACUAUAAAUAGAGAUAGAUUUUUGCGAGGUGAAGGUUUGCAGCUCAUGAAUUUAAUGCUUAGAGAAAAAAAACUAUCACGGAAUGGAUCGUUAAAAGUGUUGGAUCAUGCAACAAAUGGUCCAGAUGGUAAAGAUAACUGUAAUAAAUUUGUUGACAUUCUCGGGCUUCGCACAAUAUUUCCAUUAUUUAUGAAAACACCUUCAAAGAAUAGAAAGAAAAUGUUUACUGCUGAAGAACAUGAGGAACAUGUUGUUUCAAUAAUAGCAAGUAUGUUGAGAAAUUGUAAAGGACAACAGCGACAGCGAUUGCUUAGUAAAUUUACAGAAAAUGAUUAUGAAAAAAUUGAUAGACUAAUGGAGUUACAUUUCAAAUAUUUAGAAAAAGUUGAUGAAAUAGAAAAAAAUGCGAAGGAAGAUGAUGAUGAAGAAGAGUCUUAUUUAAAAAGAUUGGAUGGUGGAUUGUUUACUUUACAAUUAGUCGAUUAUGUACUUUUAGAAGCAUGUGCAGGAUGUCCACCGGGAGUAAAACAACGCGUUACGAGAAUAUUAUCCCAGCGCAGGGCCUCUCUAAAGACUAUUCGACAUAUUAUGAGAGAAUAUGCUGGCAAUUUAGGGGAUGCUGGAGAUUCUGAAUGGAGAGAAACAGAACAACAACAUAUUUUACAGUUAAUUGAUAAAUUUUAGAAGUAAUUAAUGUAAUGAGCAUAAUUUUUUUAUCCAAUUUUCAUUAUCAAUAGGAAUAAAUAAAUAUCUUUGUUUACUUCUCUGUUUAUUGAAUAUAA